AUUCAUCUUACCUCAACCCUUUACAGACAGUUUACGUUGUGUCUGUUGCGUUUAAAAUGCCUCAAUCAGCCGAUACCAGCCCUGGCAAUACGUCCCGUCAUAGACAGAUGCCUUUCGAGCCGGCCUGUGACUUCGAGCGAGAGGUAUAUCAGCAAUGGCUUGCCGGUCCGCCUUCCUCGCAGCACACACAGCAGUUGGGUACACUCGGAAACCAAGAGCACGACUUCCGCAAUAGUCAAGACGACUACCCGGCAAACGCGGCCAUCGGCAGAAUAGACUCAGGCAUCGACGUAGGGGACGAUCAGUCUUCCGCAUCUCAAGAAGGGCCACACCCACAACAGGAGGUCGAGUCACAGCAGGAGCGCCCGUCGCAUUCGGAAUGCCCUAACCCAGAGGCAUGCGAACUGUCCCCGGACAUGUCCAGCACGAUGCGCCGACUGUCAAUCCCGCACAACUGCGUCUUUGCCGCAGCAAAGAAGGAGCUUGUUGAUAAGGUCGUGCAUGCAGUAAUGGACAGUGUAGCCCCGCGCAUGAUGGAACUUCUUGAGGAGGAGCUACAAAGGAGAGCAACGCAGAAAAACAAACAGGAGGACGGGGAGUCUGAGAGGACAACUACAGGAGGCGAGUUUUCAAAAUUGUAGAUAUGAAGGGAGCAUAGCGGAGGAAUCGCAAGUGCGUACCCCUCUUGGUAGUGUAGCAUGCGGGGUCCUCUUGUGGAUCGGAAUUUCCGUUAUUGCCCUGGGGGCGAUGGCCUGUCUUUUGAGAGACUCUGUCUGGCGUUUAAUGGGAGGUCAGGAGUAGGGGGCAUUCGGUACCUUGGGCGGCGGUCUUCUGUCUUUUCUUCUUGUUCUUCCUUUUUUAUCUCGAAAGCGACCAAUGUCGUCAUACGUUUUUUUUUUCAAUAGUUUCCAUAGUUUAUUCCAACGUUUACACAGCAUGUCCAUCGCCG